AUGAGCAUCAGUACCCCACCCUCCCUCCAGCAUCUGGCCAUGCAGAGUCUGCUGAGCAACCAGGCCCUGGCCAUCUCUGCCCUGGAAGAUCUGCCUCUGCUGCUGUUCCCUUCGCUCUUCAUGGAGGUCUAUUGUGGAGCCCACACAGAGGUGCUGAAGGCCCUGGUGCAGGCCUGGCCCUUCCCCUGCCUCCCCCUGGGGGACCUGGCAGAGUCUCCAGACCUGGAGACCUUCAACGCUGUCCUGGAUGGGCUUGAUCUGCUACUGGCCAAGAAGGAGCGCUCCAGUCGGUGGAAACUGCAAGUCCUUGACCUGCGGAAGGAGCACCCCAACAUCUGGAUACAAGGGUACCCUUCCAUGGCCCGACUAUCUUGUCUGGAUGUCCUGACUGACAAGCCAAGAGAGAGCCACUGCUCAGGGAUGACUGAAGAGCAGCCCUUGAUGAUCGCCAUGGACCUGACCAUCAGAGGUUACGCUGAGAAUGAUCUCCAAGCCCACCUGUUCCAGUGGGCCAGCGAGAGGAAAGAACAAGUCCAUUUGUGUUCAAGGCAGCUGCAGAUUCUUACUAGCUCCAUCUCUGAAAUCCAGAAGGCUCUGCGUAUGGUGAGGCUGGACUCCAUCCAGGAACUGGUGGUGAGUGAAUUCUGGCUUCCAAGGACCUUGAGAAUGUUUACUCCUUACCUGGGCCAGAUGAAGAACCUUCGCAGCCUCACGUGCUCCAGCAUGUGUGGUGACUUCUUCACUCACUCCCAGUAUUCCUGGGUGAUUGGGGAGCAGCUGGGCCAGCUGCAGCAUCUCCAGGAGCUUCACGUGCACGACGUAUUCAUCUUAAAUGUAAACGUGCCCAACGUCCUCAGGAGCCUGAGGCCUUUGAAGGCCUUGUGUCUGAGCGCCUGUGCGCUGCAGGAGACAGACCUGAGGUUUCUGUUCCAGGCUCCCUGCACCAGGCAGCUCCAGCACCUGCGUUUGAGGACUUUGCUAAUGCGAAAUGCUGAGCUCCUGAGAGCCCUCCUGGGGCAAGUGGCCGGCACCCUGGAGACCCUGGCCUUGGAGGAGUGUUACAUCACUGAUGCCCAGCUCUCGGCCAUCCUGCCCACCCUGAGCCAGUGCUCCCAGCUCCGCUUCUUCAGUUUCUAUGGAAACCACAUCUCCCUGGCCACCCUGCAGAACCUCCUGAGCCACAAUGCCAAGAUGGGCCAUUUGAGAAGGGGGCUCUAUCCUGCCCCUCUGGAGAGCUACAGCCCUGAAGUUUGGUUUGAAAGGAACUUCGACCCUGAGAGAUUUGCUGAGGUUGGGGCUGCCUUGGUGCAGACAUUGAGAGAUGUGGGAACAAAUCAGAAGGUCCAGAUCUGCACCAAUUUCUGUCAUCGCCAGAACAGGUGCCAAAUCUAUAGCCUGACCCUUGAUGGUUCCUGGGCGGUCACAAAAGAGGGUCUUCCUGGCUUUCCUGCUCUGCCUAUGUAA